AAGCUUUUCUAAAUACCCCGCUAUCCUUGAUACAAGAGGUCGGCAGCGUUUUUUCGUGCCAACGGCUUUUGACGCUUUAUUGUGGCUUCACUUGACUUGGAUAUCGCCAUGAAGCUGCUCCAAUGCAGACGAUGGUGCUCUUCUGUGAGUACCGGUAACUUAGCCUUCCUCCUUAGCUUGACCUUUAUCCCCCAAAGAACGGCUGGGUUCGUCAUAAUCAACAAUAAUGAUGGCCGGAUACCUAGCCGCAUCCUCCGUGCCACCGAUUCUGAUGAGUCGAACAAGCCAUCAUCCUUUGAGAUUGGUCUCUACGUACACAUUCCCUAUUGCCGAAGACGAUGCCGAUAUUGCAAUUUUGCCAUUGUCCCCAUUGGAACACAGGUUGACACGGAAUCGCCACCAUCAAGACGAUCAGAUGAUGAACUCGUGGAUGUGGCUACCCAAGGAUUCCUGCAAAUGGAUAGGGCUUACCGAAAAUCCCUUUUGCAAGAGAUUGAAUGGCUCAGGAGCACCACAGACGCAAGCGAUAGUCCCAUUAUAUUGAAAUCCAUUUAUUUUGGAGGAGGUACUCCUUCUUUGGCACCCAUUGAAACGAUACAUGCAAUUUGGGAGGCACUAUUUACUACUACAUGUACUACUUCCAGUAGUACAACCGACAAUACGCCACUCUUCCAGUUGACGCCCACUGCCGAAGUAUCCAUCGAAAUGGACCCCGGCACCUUUUCCAUUGAAAAGCUGUAUGCCCUCAAAGAUAUUGGCUUCAACCGGAUUUCUCUCGGAGUGCAGUCCUUUGACGACCGAGUUCUGGAAGCCAUUGGACGCGUCCACCGACGGCAAGAUGUGCUCGAGGCCAUCGCCAUGAUUCACACUGUCUUUUGUAAGGACGAUAAUGGUACACCACCAAACUACUCCAUUGAUCUCAUUUCGGGACUUCCUGGAUUGGAUCUGGCACUCUGGGCCGAGACGCUGGCAACGGCAACAUCGCUGCAACCAUCACCACCCAAUCAUAUCAGCUUGUAUGAUUUGCAAAUUGAACAAGGGACGGUGUUUGGAAAAUGGUACAAUCACCACAGCAGCGACGAUAAUAAUAAUGACGACUCGGUCAGUAUCCAGCAUGCGAGUCAACGAACCAGAGCCACGUCGUCCAUCCUCCCUACAAAGAAUGAUCGUUCCAUGCUGCCGUCCGAGGAAGAUUCGGCAUUCAUGUACAAGUACGCUGCUGGAUAUCUAAAGGCCAAAGGAUUUGAGCAUUACGAAGUGAGUUCCUAUGCCCGCCACAAUAAUAAUAAUAAGAUGCAUCGCAGUCAGCACAAUCAAAUCUACUGGGCCACCGAUGGGCAAUGGUUCGCUCUGGGGCUGGGAGCUACCAGCUUUGUCCGUGGACAAAUGGUGGCUCGUCCAAGGACCAUGGUGGAUUACCAAACGUGGGCAGGGGAACUACAACAACAACAAGGAGGAGGAGAGCGGCAAGGCACGGUGGAUUCGAAAGACUUCUUGACCGAUGUCAUUAUGAAACGAUUGAGGACGUCGGACGGUUUGGACCUCGAUUGGAUUGAACGUCAUCAUGGGAAAGAGUGUCUGGACUCCGUGAUGAAAGGUGCCGCCCUUGGAUUGGAUUUGGGGUUGAUGACACUAGUGGAGGUGGAAGAUGAUGAUAAAGACAGCGGGGAGGGAUCCAAGAAGAAUGUCCUGAGGUUGGUGGACCCUGAAGGGUUCCUGUAUUCGAACAACCUGAUAUCCAGUAUCUUUGUAGAGCUGGAUGAGAUCCACGAGGAUGGCGGAGACUGAAGCUCCAAGAUCAACACGACGACACAGAACGUUCCUGCAGUCUUUAGCACCUGUCUGCCCAAUUCCUGCGGAUACUGUUGUCUUGUCCAGGAAGCAUCAUGUCUGCUGCGUGUGGAUUCAGCAAGGAGCAACACUCAGUCCUGUAUUGACACUGACGAUGGCCGCAUCCGCAUCCUCGUCUGCCAACAAAACUGAGUAUCGUUGGAGGCCGGGCCGGGCCCUGAGAUAGUCAAAAGUGCUAAAAUAGCCUGUCUUUGGGGAUGUAAUGGUCAGAUUGUCGAGCUUUUAGCAUUCCUUCGCCACUAUUCGGGCUCCUCAUAAAUUGUACUGUAGGUCCAUUCCAAUUCAUAACGGACUUCUAAGUCCUCGCACAUACUAUCCAAUGCUCAUACGAUUUUAGCAAAAAGUGACUGAAGUAAGUUUACUCACAAACCGAAUCGCUAAAACACAGGCUUUACUCUGUGAUAACUUUCGGUUGUUUGACUUUUUCACCCCCCUUGGGAAUCAUCAGUGCUUGGGCUAUUGUGGUACUUAUGAAAUCGAGGUUUAUUCGGCAUGCUCCGUAUAUUUCGUUGCAGGAGUUGAUUAGCUUUUCUGGCGAUUCUCUGGAUCGUUUCAGUAUCUCGAGUCGUUCCCUGUUGCAUAGGCUGCAGUGUCGUGUCCCGAAGGUCUUGACAGUGCUGAUGGGGUUGCCUUGCCAUAGGAUGCUAAUUUCGAUGCUGUUCCAAUGCUCGCUGAGUUGCCACUUCUGGGGUAGGGACUGCAUAGAACUGAUCCAUCCGCCCUGCAAAUGUGAGCCCAACUUGGAUCGGAGAUUUUUGGGCAGCGACCGCUUCAACAACGACACCAAAAGAUUGGCCAUCAUAGGUGGGUGAUAAGUGAAUACCUAGUCGACCCGCAGGGUUCCUGCGGUUGGCGCUGGGAACAAGCAAUAGGCGGCAGCUUUAUCAUAGUUAUGUGAGUCCGUCACGGACACUAUUAUUGUCUUUUACCA